AUGAUUCCUGGUUUCUUUCUCUUUGAUUGCUCAUUCUUAUUGAUAUUCUCUUGUUUCAUUUAUUUCCAUUCUUCUUUUACAUUGUCUCUUUUUCUACUAAUCUGUUCAUUAUCUAUCUAUCCCAAUCUGUGGGUUAUAUAUAUCUAUCUAUUCCAAUCUGUUUAUUAUCUAUCUAUCUAUCUAUCUAUCUAUCUAUUUAUUCUAGUUUAUUUCUUAUCUAUCUAUCUAUCUAUCUAUCUAUCUAUCUAUCUAUCUAUCUAUCUAUCUAUCUAUCCCAAUCUGUUCAUUACAUAUCUAUCUAUCUGUCCCAAUCUGUUCAUUACAUAUCUAUCUAUCCCAAUCUUUUGUUCAUUAUCUAUCUAUCUAUCUAUCUAUCCCAUCUAUCUAUCUAUCCCAAUCUGUUCAUUCAUUAUAUCUAUCUAUCUGUCCCAAUCUGUUCAUUAUAUAUCUAUCUGUCCCAAUCUGUUCAUUAUAUACAUAUCUAUCUAUCUAUCUAUCUAUCUAUCUAUCUAUCUAUCUAUCUAUCUAUCUAUCUAUCUGUUCCAAUCUGUUCAUUAUCUAUCUAUCUAUUUAUCUGACUCUGUUCAUUAUCUAUCUAUCUAUCUAUCUAUCUAUCUAUCUAUCUAUCUAUCUAUCUCACUCUGUUCAUUAUCUAUCUAUCUAUCUAUCUAUCUAUCUAUCUAUCUAUCCAUCUAUUCAUCUAUAAACUAUCUAUUCUAUUCAUUAUCUAUCUAUCUAUCUAUCUAUCUAUCUAUCUAUCUCAGUCUCUUUAUUAUCUAUUUCAAUUUCAUCUUUAUUGCUAUCUUGCUUUGCUUUUUUCUUUCUUCACUCUCCAUUUUCAUUCUUCACUUUCCACCAUCUAUUCCCACUCUUCACUCUCUCCUCUCUGUUUUCGCUCUGUUUUCUCUCUCCAUUCUCUGUUUUCACUUUCCACUCUCUGUUUUCACUCUUAACUCCCCACUCUCUGUUUUCACUCUUAACUCCCCACUCUCUGUUUUCACUCUUAACUCCCCACUCUCUGUUUUCACUCUUAACUCCCCACUCUGUGUUUUCACCUUAACUCCCCGCUCUCUGUUUCCUCUUUACUCCCCACUCUCUGUUUUCCUCUUUACUCCCGCUCUCUGUUUUCCUCUUUACUCCCCGCUCUCUGUUUUCACUCUUAACUCCCCGCUCUCUGUUUUCACUCUUUACUCCCCACUCUCUGUUUUCACUCUUUACUCCCCGCUCUCUGUUUUCACUCUUUACUCCCCGCUCUCUGUUUUCACUCUUUACUCCCCGCUCUCUGUUUUCACUCUUAACUCCCCACUCUCUUUCACUCUUAACUCCCCGCUCUCUGUUUUCACUCUUUACUCCCCACUCUCUGUUUUACUCUUAACUCCCCACUCUCUGUUUUCACUCUUUACUCCCCACUCUCUUUUUUCACUCUUCACUCUCAUUUUUACCUCUCUACUUUCUGUUUUCACUCUCCACUCUUCACUCUCUAUUUUCAUGUUCACACUCUGUUUUCACCCUUCACUCUCUGUUUUCAUUUUUCACUCUCCACUCUCUGUCUUCACUCUUCAUUCUCUCUUUUCACUCUCCAAUUUCUGUCUUCACUCUCUUAUUCCACUCUUCACUCUCUGUUUUUACUCACUGCUCCCACUAUCACUCUAUGAUUUUAUUCUCCUAUCUUUGUUUUCAUUAUCUCUCUCUAACUUCCUUCUCUGUUUGUUCCCAAAUUUGUCUCUCUCUUUUUCAAUCUUCCUUUUUAUUUAUACUCUUUUAUUUUCACUCCCUCUUCACUUCUGUUUUCACUCACCUUUUAGGUUUCAUUCUUUCUUUCUCUGUAUUUUCACUCUAAAUCUUUCUCUCGCUCUCUCUUUCUCUUUCUCAGAAACUCACACAUACUUAAUCUCUUUCAUUUUUUUAUCAUUUUUGCUCUCUUUCAACUCUACUUUUUCUUGUUUCUUUCUUUCAUCCUUUUUCCCACUACUUUGUUUACACCUCUUUUUUGUUGCUAAUUUUCUCUCUCUCUCUCUCUCUCUCUUUAUGCAUUUAAUAUUUCUUCUCUAUUUUUCUUGCUUUUCCUUUUUCUAUUAUUCCAUCAUUCUUUUUUCUCUAUGUUUACUAAGCACAUUCCCCUCACCUUCAUCCUUUCUAUCAAUUUUCAUCUUUCCUUUUCCCUCAACUAUCUCCUUCCGUCAUAUUAAUUUCCUGAAUAUGCUUCAUUAUACCAUGAAGAAUGUGCCAUAG